AUGACCAGAACCCUAUGGACCAUCAUCUCCAGCUCCGUUCUCACUCUUUUUGCAUGCAUUUACAGUGCCAUCCACCCCAAUAUCCCAAGUCCUAGACACAGCGGCUACUCUCAUAUCCUAUGGCGACAACUCGGCAUAAUGAUAAUGGCACUAAUUGCUCCUAAUUUGAUUGUCACAUGGGCUAUGCGCCAAUGGUUUAGUGCUCGUCAAGUUACAAGGCAUCAUGCCAACUAUACAUGGACUCAGACGCACAGCUUCUUUGUGUUGAUGGGCAGUUUCAUGCUUUAUGUGGACAAGGAACCCUGCCGUACACUACAGCCAGAUCACAUUCUAAUAUUAAUACGUAAGGGGUGCAUCGACGUCCCUACCCUAACAGCAAACCAGAUCUACGACAGGAGCAAAGGCAAUGUGAUAUCAAAAGGAUUGAUCAUCCUUCAAGUGGCCUGGUUCAUAAUGCAGCUCAUCACCCAAGCCAUCUAUCACCUAGAAACCACCCAGCUUGAAGUGGGGACACUCGCUUUUGCAGUGCUCAACUUCCUAACUUAUGCUGUAUGGUGGGACAAGCCUCUCAAUGUGCAAUAUCCAUAUCCAGUGUACUGGAAGUCAUCUGACUCGACGCUAAUUGAGGUGAAGUCCACUAUGACAUAA